AUGGCUCAGCAGUCCUUCAAGCUCGCGUCUGGCGGCAAGCAGAUCCCCUCCAUCGGUCUCGGUACUUGGCAAUCCGCCAAGGGUGAAGUCGCCAAGGCCGUUGAGCACGCUCUCAAGAACGGCUACAGGCACAUUGACUGUGCCUGGGCUUACGGUAACGAGGCCGAGGUCGGAGAGGGUAUCAAGAACUCUGGCGUCGCCCGCGAGGAGAUCUUUGUCACCUCCAAGCUCUUCGAGCUCCACCACCACCCCGAACACGUCGAGCUCGCCAUCAAGGACACCUUGAAGAACCUUGGUCUCGAGUACCUCGACCUGUACCUCAUGCACUGGAACAUCAACCUCCAGGUUGACGCUCCCGAGGGCGUUCUCCCCACCCAGGACCACACCAUCAAGGCUGAGAACGGCAAGAAGAAGCUCGACGUUGCGCUCGCCGAUGACGUCACCCCCACAUGGAAGGCUAUGGAGAAGCUCGUUGACCAGGGCUUGACCCGUGCCAUCGGUGUCUCCAACUUCAACAUCAACCGUGUCAAGAAGCUCCUUGCUGCCGACAUCAAGAUCAAGCCCGUUGCCAACCAGGUCGAGCUUUCGAUCCAGUGCCCCCAGCCCGAGCUUGUCGCAUGGCUGAAGAAGAACGACAUCCUCCCAUGCGCCUACUCUCCUCUCGGCGGAACCGACGGCCAGCACUUGCGUGAGCACAAGACCGUUGCUGCUAUCGCCAAGAAGCACGAUGUCCACGGUGCCACCAUCCUCAUCAGCUGGUUGAUCAAGCGCGGUAUCUGCGCUCUCCCCAAGUCCGUGACCGCUUCCCGCAUUGACGCCAACUUGAAGUCGGUCGACCUUUCUGAGGAGGAGUUCCAGCAGCUCGAGGAGCUCUCCAAGUCGCACCCUCCCAAGCGUGUCUGCGACCAGUCUGACAGCUUCGAGCCCUUCUACGACAUCUACCAGGAGAACGACAAGGAGUUCUCGGACAAGGCGCAGUACGCCCUGGAGAAGUAA